AAACAUUGCUUAUUUAAUCUCUUCACUUAUAUUUCAUAUACAACACUGUUUACCGUACUAGGUUAGCAAUAAAUUUUGUGAUUGUACGCUCUGGUAAUAUCUACACUUGUUAUUUGUUGCAUAAGGCGUUUGGCCAGUGGGUAUAUCAGUCGUCAUGGUGUCUCUCAAACAAAGCAGCAAAAACUAUGUAGUUUUGAAGCCACGCAAAGGUGGAAUCAUGGAUCUUUUUUGGUUAUUACUUACAAGUGAUAUUGAAAAGAGCAAGUUUGUGGAUUGCCCAGAAGGAAACGAGGAAGCAGAUUUUAAACGUCGAUGGCUAAUCUUUUUAUCGAUUGUUGUUCAAAAAAUUCUUAGUUUUGUUAAGAAACCUUUAGCUUGGUAUGGAGCGGCCCUUGAGAUGUGGUUGAAUCUGUUGUCCGAGAAUGGGAAUUCCCUUGGUCUUUUGUGUAAUCUCUUUAAAGGGAAGAUAGUUAUUCCUGACAGAAAUUCUGCAAGAUUCAAAUCAAAUACCGCAUUUAUGGAUAAUCGAGUUCAACUUGACAAGAAUUUAGUAUACGGAGAUAAUAGAUAUUGUGCAGCUUUUUCGAUAAUGGCUGCUAAAUUAGCAUACGAAAAUGCAGCUUUUGUUGAGGCAACAGUCAAAGAUCACUGGAAGAUGGAGUUCUUGGGGUUCUACAAUUACUGGAAUGAGUAUCAAAAAAUGGCAACCACACAAGCGUUCAUCCUCCGUGACAGAAGAUCUAAUGAUGUAGAUCUAACUGUUGUAUCAUUCAGAGGCACAGAAAUGUUUGAUGCAGAUGCAUGGAGCACCGAUUUCGAUAUAUCUUGGUACGAACUCCCUAAUGUAGGUAAGGUACACGGCGGUUUUAUGAAAGCAUUGGGGCUACAAAAGAAACAAGGAUGGCCAAAGGAAAUUGUUGAGACUUCAUCUCGCCCUCAAGUUGCUUAUUAUAGUAUUAGAGACAAGCUUAGAAAAAUUAUUCGAGAGAAUGAGAAAGUGAAAUUCAUUGUGACCGGACACAGUUUAGGAGGGGCUUUAGCGGCUAUUUUUCCCGUCAUUCUAGCUUAUCAUGGGGAAACGGAACUGCUACAUAGGUUGGAGGGGGUGUACACGUUUGGGCAGCCUAGGGUCGGUGAUCAGAAACUUGCAGAGUUCAUGGAAAAACAGAUGAGUUUACAUAACGUGAAGUUUUCAAGAUAUGUCUAUGGCAAUGACAUGGUUCCUAGGUUGCCUUACGAUGAUGAAAGGUUUAUGUUUAAGCACUUCGGAACAUGCAUUUACUAUGACAGGUUCUACAAAGGAAAGAUCGUUAAAGAAGAACCAAAUAAAAAUUACUUCUCUCUGAAGUGGUUUAUACCAAAGAUAAUGAAUUCGGCUAUGGAAAUUGUGAGAAGCUUCACCAUUCAUCAGACGUAUGGACCGGAAUAUGACGAAGGUUGGUUCUUACUGUUGUUUAGAACAAUCGGGCUUGCACUUCCCGGAGUAUCAGCACAUUUACCUCAAGAUUAUGUUAAUUCUACUCGAGUUGGAUCUUUAGAAACAUUACUGACCGACGCCAGUAAUUCUCGAUCGCCACAGCUGAUCAACAUCAAGUAGUUGUACUUAACGACUCCCAAGUUGGGGUUUUAAUCACCAUUAGUUUUGAUCUACAUAUAUAACUCAGUGAUUUUUUUCUCAAAGGAAACACAUGAAAAAAUAAAUGUAAAGACUUCAAAAAA